GGGAGAUUUGAGAUUCCACGACCCCCCCAGGGAAGCUCCUGUUCUCCAUCAGCUUCCUCAUCUUCCUCCUGAUGCUGAUCCUGCUGGGCAAGGGCUUCUCGGUCACCAGGGGCCGCAUCAGCCCGGGGGGCUCGGUCCGUCUGUCCGUCUACAUGACGCUCUACAGCAUCGCCCACAUCGCCCUGCUCACCUACGAGGCUCAGUUUUUCGACCCCGGGCAGGUGCUGUACACCUACGAGUCCCCGGCGGGGUACGGGCUGAUCGCGCUGCAGUUCGGAGCCUUCGUUUGGUUCUGCGCCGCCGUGGGCGCCACCCUGAGCGCGGUGCCGGAGAGACGCCAGUUCUACCUGCCCUUCCUGGGGGCUUAUGCGUUCUGGUGAGUGCCAAAAUCACACCUGGACACACCUGGGGACACCUGGGGACACCUGGGGGGGUCACAGCCACACCUGGGGCGCCACCCUGAGCGCGGUGCCGGAGCGACGCCAGUUCUACCUGCCCUUCCUGGGGGCUUAUGCGUUCUGGUGAGUGCCAAAAUCACA